UUUAUAUACUUUCAUUUGGGUGACUUCAGAUAGAUUCAUGACAUUUCCUCUGGUGUGCCUUUAUAAUAAUCAGUAAUGCGGAUUGCCGUUGGCAGAUUUUAAAUCCCAGUUCUGUAAAACGUAUUACACGUUUAAAAACUGGACAAAUCUGAAAUUCUGGUGUUAGGCUUCCGUCUCCAAUGGAGGGUACCGUUAUUGCAAGUUUGUUAGGAAGUUUACCUUUCCGUACGUACCAUGUGCAUUGAUCAAUAUUAGGAAGGCAUAUUUUGCUUCAUCAACGAUAAUAAUCCGAUCACGUGUCGACCAUGUACUUGGGUAUAUUUGUGGAUACCCACUGAACCAAUACACUGCAAUAAGGCUAUUCUAAUGCAGAGCAAACUCAUUAUUAGAACCUAUCCCACAAUUACGUUCAGCCUUGACCAAGGUGAAUCUGAACAAUGGCGAUGAAUGGAACAUUCACGUGACUAGCACAUGAAUUGCUGUCGGAGGCAGUACCGACAAAAUGGAGGGCAAUGUGGCGUGUGUGGAGACCCCUGGGACGAACCACCACCUAGAGCUAACGAAAAUGGUGGCACUUUCGACUUCGGAAUCAUUUCGCGCAUUUAUAAAAUUGGUAAAACAAUCACAGCUAAAGUCGACAUCACUGCAAAUCACAGAGGUUGGUUUGAAUUUCGUUUAUGUCCAAAUGACGAGCCUACUGUACAGGUUACUCACGAGUGCCUGGAUCAAUAUCUCUUGGAACUCGCCGACGGCUCAGGAACACGCUGGGAAGUCAGUUCAGAUGAGAAAAGAUUGUUUGAGAUCCAACUUCGUUUGCCAUCCUUCCUCCGCUGUGAGCACUGUGUUUUCCAAUGGAAAUACCAUGCAGGAAAUACAUGGGGGACUAGAGAACAAGAGGAGUUUUACGGUUGUGCAGAUAUCCAGAUCACCGAUGAUGACGCAAAACUGACAGUCAGUUCGACAAUUGCGACUGGUGUAACAACAAGCACAUUUCCAAUUACUAGCAGCACAACUACCGCAUCGGCCCUCCUGGAGACUGAUUCAGCAGCGAUUGAACCCUUGUCUUCCAAACCAACAAGUAAACAAUGUGUGGGUUUACCUCCGUACGACAGGAACAUAGCCAUAAACGAAUGGUGCACCGACCAGUGCAAUAAGAUACCAAUGUACUGCCCCCCUACUAUGUGUAUCUGUGAAUAUUAGCUCAUCCGCCGCACGAAGUCCUAUGACGCCACCCAAUUUUGGACAAAACACCGCGGAUACCUGUCAUGAUUUACCUGGCGAUAGUAACCAAAUCAUUUGACUUACCAACUGCCAGUUUUUAUGAACAAUAAAUGCUUGAAAUAUUUUUUUCCUAAUUUUGACCGAUAGCUUCCUUUGAAUUUUUUAAUAACCCGUCUUUUUUCUUUGUGGAUCAACUUAUCAAAUUUGCGUCAUCAUUGAGAUAGGCUAAUUAAAAUUGACAUUUCAACAUUUAGGAUUUCAGACCUCAUAAGUACAAACAAAUAAGGAAAUAUUGUUUUACUACGUUCCGCAUGCUCUAUAAUGAUUGGCACGGCUAUUAACUGGAGACAAAUAUGUUAAUGAGGUUUGUCAUCGAAAUAAACAUUUCCGUCACGGGAGACAGAAGUCGCCGUAUCGGAAGC